UCUUUUAUCACCAGAAACACCAGAAACUAAAAUUUCUUUUGAAACAUAUACAAAUAUUAAUGAUUUAAAUAAUCCUUGGAAUUUAGUCCCUACUUAUAUUCAAGUAUUUGAAAAUGGAACUACUAAUUCUAAUUCAUUUAUUAUUCAAAAACCCGAUGGAAAUACAAACAUGUUUACAAAUUUUAAAAUGGCUCUUUUUGCAGUGUAUUUAUUCUUAACAGGUGAUUCGAGAGCACUAUCCAAUUGGACAUAUAAUGAUAAUUCAACACUUGCAAUACUGGUAGUCUUAUUUUCACUCUUAAUUGUAGUAUAUCUUAUGAAUUUGUUUAUUAGAUUACUUAAUAUAGCAAUUGAAAAAGAUAAAGUUUCAUAUUUAAUACAAAAAGCAGAGAUUAUAGCUGAAAUUGAGUUAUUUUAUUUAUUACCACAUCAAAGACGUUGGUAUGCAUGGUUUCCUGAAGUGAUACAUUAUUAUGCCAGUGUUGAUAAAACUCGUGAAAAGAUUAAAGAAAUGAUAAGUAAAGGUGAAUGGAAAACUGAAUUCCCAGAACUGAAGCAAAAUUUAUUAAAUGAACUCGCUAUUCAAUCUGUUGAUGAGAAUUCCUUACAGCAAUUAUUAAAAGAAAUACAGUCUAAAUUGUAAUUAUUGUCCAGAAUUUCUAGGCUUUUAAUGGUUUCUGUUUCUUAUAGAUAUAUUUCCAAUAUAU